UUUGUUAAAACUUUACUAAACGGUAUGUUUGUGCUGGUGUUAUUUAUUUUUCUGAACAUUUUCGACGAUUGUUUGGCUCGCGGCAGAAUUGUGGGCGGUCGAGCUACCAAAAUUGAGGAGUAUCCUUACCAAUUAAGUUUAAGAUUUCGGAAUAUACACAUAUGUGGAGCAACUCUGAUAGCCAAUAACGUUGCAAUUACAGCAGCUCAUUGUAUUCAAAUGUCUGGUUCUUACACAGUGAAAGGUGGAUCGACCAAACUUGACGAUGGAGGCGUAAUAAUACCCGUUAAAACAGCUAUAUUACAUCCAAUGCACAAGUCGGAAAACGAGGAUUAUGACUUGGCUAUUCUUAAACUCAACACGCCUUUUAAGUUAUCGUCAUCAAUUCAACCUGCAAAACUACCAAAAGGAAACGAACGCCCUACCGUAGGUUGGGUAGGUACUGUUACCGGUUGGGGUGCCAUUUCUAAUAAUUUCCCUGAUAUGUCAGAUACACUUAGAAUGAUUGAACUGCCAGUACUACCGUUCGAAUGGUGUCAGUCGAGAUAUAUUAGUGUUCCAUUAACCCCGCGAAUGUUUUGUGCAGGGUUCAAAGAAGGUGGAAGAGAUUCCUGUCAGGGCGAUUCCGGUGGUCCUUUCGUAAUCAAUGGAACCCUUUAUGGUGUAGUGUCCUGGGGAUUCAAUUGUGCUACACCCGGUUAUCCUGGAAUAUACGUAAAUGUGCCUGCUCUUCGAGAUUAUAUACGCCAAAAUUCUGGGAUUUAAUAGUUAAAACAAAUUCGGUGAUUACAAUAAAAUUCUUUUUUAAUGUG